GAAAGCGGAAGAGGAAAUAGUUGCUAUCUAAUAUGGUGGACAUGGUCGGCGAACCUGUUGUGACUAGUUUAAUGUUUUAGUCAAAUAUGAUAUAAUUAAUUUUACAGGGUAAAAUGGCAGAAGAAACUAUUACUACCACGGAAAUGGAUUUGCAGUCUUUAUCGGUUGAUGGAAACAAUUCUGUUGAAGAUAUACAGGAUAAAGAUGAGCACAAAACUGAAACGACAGAAGAUUCAACAAAAUGUAAUCCUGACAAGCCAGAACAAACCAAAGCUGAGAGUUCUCAGGAUGUACAGUCGUCCGACAGUGGUGUAGCCUCUAGUGAGGAGAGCAGCACAGAAAACGGAGAAACAACAGUCCCUCCAGACGAAGAAAAGAACCAGGAAACACAAGAUCAGGAAGCCAUCGAGGAUGACGAUGCUGAGGUAGAUCUAGGGGACCUUACACAACUGGACAGCAAUGGCAGGAAUGCACUUUUUGAAAAAGGCCUCACUUAUGACAAAAAUGGCAAGAAAAACUGUGCCCUCAAGUGCUACUUGGCCAGUGUAAAGAGCCUCCAGCCUGACAGCCACUUUCCACUGCUGCCUCAGUGCUUACGCAAUAUUGCUGACAUAUUUUACCGAAAAGAUGAACUAAACAGAGCCGUCCACUUUAUACAAGCUGAGAAGAUGUACUACGAGACCGUCUUAAUAGACAACACGGAAAUUCAGGCAAGAUUAGAUGAGGCUGAGAAGAUUAAAGAAAAUGGUGAGAAAGUGGACCAGAAUAUGGACUCUGUCCGUGCUGAGGAAUAUGAACACCUGGCUAAACUCUGUUUGGAUAAGAACCAGCCACAACUUGCAUUGGAGUAUGCAGGCAAGGCAACAAAGAUCCGCCAGCAGCUGUUAGGUGACAGUCACCCUGUCACAGUACAGAGCCUUGACUUCUUUACCUCAGUUUACGCUAAAGUCGGGCAGGAACAGUACCAAGAAUCCAUGAAGAAACUGAGUAGUCCUGAGGGGGAUGAGAAUAGUGAACAAAACAACGACCCUGCAUCACCUGUAUCCAUACUUCGCAAGAGAAAGACAGGGGAAAAAGAAGAGAAGAAGGUCCGAUUUCAUGAAUCUCAAGUCCAAAAUCAUGAACAAGAUCAUGCGUCAGACGAAAUGUUGGCGAAGAAGGUGUUGUGGGCACUACUGCUAAUCUGCUGUGUGUUGAUGGUGGUGCUUGCCUCGUAUCUGUACUGUAAACUCAACCCACACUCCAUCACCUGUGGCAGUAUCCGUACCAACUUCUACUACACCUACAUGAGGAUCAAGUACUACUACUACCACUACAGUAGUAACGGGGAAGGUGCCAAGUACACGUAAUCUAUACACCCACAUAUACACUCAGUCGGCUGGGAGGGAAUCUUACGGAAACUGCACAUACUUGAGACUGUCAGUGUGUCUAAUGCAAACUCUGCAAAUAUCUGGUACUGACCUUGUGAGAGUACCAUAUAUACUGGACUGUCCAAAUACACUAUAAAGAAUAGCUUUAUUAUCACAACAGAGGAAUGUCAUAUUUUACACCAUACACCGCACCAUAUAAUGAUGCACUGAAUAAUUGUACACUGAUUACACACUAAACACAUGAACAUAUGCUGAAUAAACACACUGAAUAUACACUGACUACACACUAAACACAUGCACAUAUGCUGAAUAAACACACUGAAUAUACACUGACUACACACCAAACACAUGCACAUAUGCUGAAUUAACACACUGGAUAUACACUGACUACACACUAAACACAUGCACAUAUGCUGAAUAAACACACUGGAUAUACACUGAAAACACCAGCUGAAUACUUGACCCACACAGUUGUUAUGUUUUUAAUAGAUGCUCCAUGACAUGACUGAUAGUUGUUCUCUUGGUCCAGUCACAACUGAACACCAUACUUCGUUGGUAUGCCCCAAGUAUUCAACUAUUCAUUGUAUGUGUAUGAUGUAUACAGAGAUAUACAUUUUUGUGACUGCACAACUCACCAAAAAUACCUUUGUACAUAGUGUGCAUUUACAUCAUCCAUACAUGGUGUUCACAAUUGUGAAGUUGUACAAUUGACAACCGUUCACAUGAAUAAGUGAUUUUGGUUUGAUAAGGUUGAUCAGUAUCAACGAAUGAAGUAAAAAAUAGACUAAAUGACCAGAAAACUUGUAUAAUGCAGGUAUUUCAUUUCUAAUCAGUAUGUUUUGCAUUAUAUCCGAUGAAAAUUAUGACAAACUGUUUUUUGGGUGACAAGAAAUUCUACUAUGUAUCCUGCUAGACCGACUUUUCUUAACCACUUAAUCUACAAAGUAUAAAUGGAGGUCAGAAUGGUGGAAUGGGUACCAAAACACAGCUGGAUGUUGUGUUAAUAUGUUAAAAAAUAUGUUUCUAAAUUAUAACAAAAGGAUAAAUGCUCUUAACAUCUCGUUUAAAUAUGAAAAUAAACUUUAAAAUCAUGAUUAUAUACAAAAAAAUGUACAUGUAAUAGGUUUAAAAAUGAAAUUGUCUUUAUCCAUAAGCCAUUCCUAACUUUACAUCAAUCUUGCUCACUAUUUCAUAGUUUUUGUUCAUCCAUCAAGUGCCCUGAUGUGUGCAAGAUGUUAUUGCCUAGAUUUUUAUCAUGUGCACAAUGUUUGCAUGUUGUAUGCACAUGUGUGCACACUGUACAUUAAGUAACAUGUGACUCCACAACACAAACGAUGUAUGCAGGGUGCAUGUCUUUUAUAAUAAUGUCCAUAUUUGUUGAAUUCUUCGAUAGUUAUCUAUACAGUACUGUUUAUUAUUCUAUAAAGCUGUUGACAAUAAUUGGAUCGUUGAUAUUUACGACAGGUUUGUUUACAUACUGUUGAUCGGUAUGUUAUUAAAAUUGUUCAGUGCAAUUAUUUCCCAUAAGUUUGUAAUUUCAAAAAUUGUCCAGAUUGAAAAUGUGAUAUAAUCUGACAGUUAUAUUUAUUGAAUGUUUAAUCCUAACACACUAAAAUGUUGACUUUAUAUAGACAUUGUUUUUAGAAGUGUUUGUAUGUUGAUUAUAAAAGAUAGAUAUGGACUGCAUUAUUGGGUAGAGAUAAGUUGUUAGAUGUGUGUGUCAAGCUUUUUUUGGUAUUUAUUUAUUACUAGAUGACAAGUGCACUUUCUCACAAGCAUUGACAUUCAGACAGGCCUAACAAGACCUGUGUACUUGUGCUAACAAUGAUCAUGCUGGACUGUUGUUUUAUUGUUAUGUUUACUGAUAUGAAGACUUGUUGUGUGUAUCAAUGACGAGAUAGAUUGAACUCUAAUGAGAAAAUGUUGCAUGCUACUGAUUUAAUGAAAAGAUAUCUACCGGUAUAUAUCAAAUAUUAUCAAUAGGUGAUAGCAUGCAUCUAUCAGUAACAAUAGAUGUAUACUUACUACAAUGACCACUCUGUAGACUAAUUACAAUGUAUUUCAGCUGUAUUUAAGGGUUAUCUCCCUUUCUAUGAUGCUGAAUUAUUUGAUUAUUUUUUAUUGAGUAUCCGACUUCCUUGCAAAGAUUUUUUUUGAACUUCAGUAUACUGUGAUUUUUUUUACAGUACUGCAAUUUUUGAGAGAGAUCUUGUUUUAAACAAUGUAAACAAUGUAAACAGAUAAAAGUGUUGCUUUUGUAUUACAUUUCUAUGGGAGAACUCCAAAUGACUGCUUUUGAUAACUAUGGUUGAACCUCUUAACGAUGUAUGUCAUAUCGUCUGUGAUACAUAGAUAUUUUAAUCAAUUCAAUGAUAUAUUUCCACUAAAUGAACUGUUAUUGUAUUGAUAUCUUUCUUGAAAUCUACAUUAGUUUCAAUGUGAAUUUGACCUGUUUUUGUAUGUUGUACAGUACAUAAACACUACAAUCAGAAGAAGGUGAACUAUAAUAAUAUA